AUGAGCGGCCCGUGGGAUCAAUACGCCGGCGGCUGGUUGCGGCCACCACUGGCCGCCGCUGGCGAGGCACAGCCGGAUCCCUUUUCGCGGAGCAUGCCUGCGGGUUGCGGUGCCAGCAAGAACGCCGUCGCCUACGAGCAGGCCCUGAAGGAGGGCUCCCUCCGCCAGUCCGCCGACUACGCUCACGCGCCUGCUGCGCCGGCCGAGGUGGACAGCUUCAUCUUGGCGGCGGAGGAGGCGCCCGGGACUGCGCCCGAGGAGCCUGGCAUGCCAGAGAAGCUGGACGGCGUCCUCUCGCGCGGCCUGGCGGCGGAGGAGGCGCCCGAGACUGCGCCCGAGGAGCCCGGCAUGCUGGAGAAGCUGAAGUCCUCCAUCAGCGAGAUGUUCACGCCCAUCACCGAGCUCAAGUGCACCAACUCGUUCCGCGGGGCGAACAGCUCGGACGAGGCGCAAACGGACAAAGAGAAGUACGAUCCAAUUGUGGCGGACCAUAUGAAAGAGAUCGGUGAGCUUUUCACGAAGCUUGACAAGGAUGGCAGCGGCUCUCUGACUAAGGAUGAGCUCAAGGACGUCGUGCAACGGUACACGUCCAAAGCGUUUAACGAAAAGGAAUUCUUUGAGUGGUACGAUGUCAGGGGCGAACCAGACCGUAAGAUCGGCCUGACCGAGUUCUCCUGGUACCUCGCAGACCUCGCCUUUGCGUUCGAGGACCCCAAGAAGGCAAUCUCUGCUGUCAUCCAGGAGGUCGAUGAGAAGAACACGGAGGCGCUUCAACACGAGGUGGCGGCUGAGGCUGCGCCUGCGGAGGCGGAGGAGCCGACCUACGAGGCGCCCAAGGCUUAG